AUGACAAGCAAGAGCAAGUCGAUCACCGUCGCCCCCAUCCCUUCUACUUCCUACAACUUUUACAUCCACCUCGACGGGCACUCGCUCUCGUACAACUGCGAACGACGCACCGCCGAUCGAUGGAACUACACAUUGGCCACGGACAAGAAGGCCGCCACUCGUCCGUCUUCGUUCGACACCGACCAGAUGAUGUCGAAGGAGUGCAACCAAUUCAAGACGAAGUCGUACGCCAGCACCCACCGUGGCUUCGACCGCGGGCAUCUGGUGGCCAGUUCCAUGAUGACGGACAGCCCCGAGCAACGCCGCGGGUCUCACUAUAUGACCAACAUCGCUCCCCAACGAAUCUACACGUGGGGGGGUAUCUUGUACACGGACGACUCGAACGAUUACUUCCUGGACAGCCACGGCAUCCGCACGCCCGACUUUUGGUGGAAAGUGGUGCUCACCAAGGACGACAGCGGCGCCGACAAGAUCAUUUCGUGGUUCUUCCCCAACCAGGAGAACUUGGGGUCAUUGGACUCGUUACUUGCUUCGUUGGACUUGCUCAACAAUGACAAGCAAGAGGUCCUAGAAGCAGCCAACAAUGCUAGUGGACAACCCACUAUCACCACCAGCAAGUCGAUCACCGUCGCCCCCAUCGCUUCUACUUCCUACAACUUUUACAUCCACCUCGACGGGCACUCGCUCUCGUACAACUGCGAACGACGCACCGCCGAUCGAUGGAACUACACAUUGGCCACGGACAAGAAGGCCGCCACUCGUCCGUCUUCGUUCGACACCGACCAGAUGAUGUCGAAGGAGUGCAACCAAUUCAAGACGAAGUCGUACGCCAGCACCCACCGUGGCUUCGACCGCGGGCAUCUGGUGGCCAGUUCCAUGAUGACGGACAGCCCCGAGCAACGCCGCGGGUCUCACUAUAUGACCAACAUCGCUCCCCAACGAAUCUACACGUGGGGGGGUAUCUUGUACACGGACGACUCGAACGAUUACUUCCUGGACAGCCACGGCAUCCGCACGCCCGACUUUUGGUGGAAAGUGGUGCUCACCAAGGACGACAGCGGCGCCGACAAGAUCAUUUCGUGGUUCUUCCCCAACCAGGAGAACUUGGGGUCAUUGGACUCGUUACUUGGUGUCUGUGGCCGACAUCGAAGCCCGCUUGACCGAUGGCUUGGGGGCCAUUCCAGUGCCGACGUCCCUCAAAGGACUCAAGGUAUCGACCAGCUGACCCAAGCCGGCUGA